AUGAAAAUGCAACCCCAAAAUAACCAGUCCACUGCUCGGCUCACAGAGUGCAUAAAAUGCUACAACCAUCCCAACGUGGCCGGUCGUGGUUCGGUUGUCGUCCUCGGGUUCUGUGCAAAUUGGUCAAAAACAACUGGUGCCUGGACGACGGCCUCUUGGCAACCGGUCGUCUGCCGGUACCCGCACAAUCAUGACGGCGCCGAGUAG